UCGCAACUUCCGCUCCGGCUCGCGUCCGAUUCGGAGCUCGGAGCUCGGAGCUCGGAGCGAUUCGCGGCCCGCCAUGGAGCCUCUGGUGCUGGAGGAGCUGAUCUCCGAGCAAGGCGCAGAGGCGCUGCGCCUCUGCCUGGCGGAGGCCCCGUCGCCUUUGGCGGCGCCGGAGGUGCUGACGGCCUCCUACUGGGUGCCCUUAAGUGGCGAAGUUCCAGGCAGCAUCGUGGAGGACCUGAUCCUGCAGCUGCACAGAGCGCCAGGCCUCGCCUUCUUGGCAGACGCCCUGGGCGCGGAGUGGUGGUGGCAGGACGUGGAUGAGACGGAUCCACCCAAGGUGUUCCACACGGACUGCAACCUCUUCUUCGAGGAUGGAGCUGCCACUCGCAGCCAUCCCGCCUGGAGCUCCGUCCUCUAUCUCACAGCCGAGGGUGGCCCCACAGCCGUCUUCCAUGAGAAGGAGGGCUGUGGCCUCGACGUACUCGCGGUUUGGCCGCGGGUCGGCAGGUAUUUGCUCUUCCCCGGCUCGCGCCUGCACUGCGUGCUCCACCCGGAAGUGCCGCAGCGCGGGGACAGGAUCACGCUGCUCAUCAACUGGUGGAUGCAUACUCCACGGGGGCUAUGCGCCUCCCCGGCGAUGCCAUCGCACGUUGCUUUGGCGCUGCGGGUGGAAGCCACGCGACGAUGGACUGCGCUGGAAGCGAAGCGCUUUGAGCAGCACGUGGAGGAGUGGCGAGCUCAACGCCUGCCAGCCGCUCUGCUGCCUUUUGUGCAGGACAUGCUGCUGGCUGUGCAGUAUGACAAUGUGCCUGGCGAGUGGUGGGCAGAGCUGCAGCGGCUGCGGAAGAGCAAAGAGGCCUUGCUGGCCGCGAAGGCGGCGUGCACCAGGUCGCGCGCGGACCGUGCACAGGAAGCUGUCGAGGAUGGCGAGAGCACUAGCGCCACCAAGGAGCAGAAUUCCAAUCCUUCCUCGCGCUCCAGCAGCGAUGUGGGCUUGAGGUGCUACACGUCACUGAUUUCCAAGCCGACUGGUCGAAAUGCUCGAGGAUGGGCUGAAGACCUGGAGCCGAAGCUGGGCCUGGCGGGCCGCAAGAAAGUGCUGCAGGCGCAGGCCGCAGAUCGAAGCUACCUGCAGCCGGACGGCUCCUGGGGCCCGUUUCACACUGCCCAGCUGCCGCGGAGCUGGCGCCAGGCGCGGGAAAGGCGGCUGAAAAGCAGCCGAUCGGAUCCUGACGAAAAGGGCGGCUCGCUAUGUCCGGGGGUGAUGAUUGGGUCCUUCUCGGGCAGGUGCUCCGAAGGCGCCGCCCAAGUGCAAAGCGAAGGCCCGAAAGCGGCGGUGCCCAUUGCCAAAGCCUCGCCCGGCAACGGCUUUGUGAAUUUUCACUGGCAGGUCAUCAAGGAGGAUGAUGACCCACAGUGCGGCAAGGAGUUUCUGGCGCGACUGGAGGCCCUGAAGCCGGCGGAGUGUGGGAGACCCGAGCUGGGAAGUCAGGUGCCCACGGCUUUGAUGGAACUCUACUGGAAGAAGCGUGAGGGCAGCCAGGCCCCCCGGAGGAAGAAGCUUCAGAUGCUGGGCAUUUCCUUGAAGCGGCACGAGCACCGGAAUCAGGCAGGAUCUAUAGACCUGGUGUCCGUCUCUGACCUGAAGGCGAUCUGCAGCAUCAAGUGCGCCAUUUUGCGCUGCGACUUUGAGGUGCUGCACAUCGAGUGUCUCAGCGCCGAGCCCAUAGCUGUCAUCCGCACUGUCAUCAAGCAGCAUGAGAACGAUGGGCAGCCCGUGAGCGUCUUCGCGGCGCAGAACGGGGAGGAGGUCCCCAAGGUUUGUGAAGGCCGUGAGAUCCCAUCUCGAAGCCUCAGGUGCCCCAUCGAGCAUCGUCUCAUCUACGAGCUCUGCAAGGACAAUCGGCUGGGCUUUCUGGCUGGGCAGGAUGGCAUUACUGUGGCAGACUGCCUUUGCGCCACAAGCCUGGUCCGUCUGGCAGCCACCAACAAGGAGCUGUAUGACGACCUGACCCAGCAUCGGCAAAGGAUGUGGCAUAAGGCAGUCUCUGUGGCACUCCCGCGCUUCGAUCUCAGCGAGGACCUAUUUGAAAGGCCGCAAAAGUUUUUGACCUACCUAAAGGGCUUUGCAAAAGCCAUUGCGCUCGGAGGCGAAGACUGGUCGGGCAAAGCCACGCUUCGCCUUCGGAGCUUGAACGACAGCCGGAAGCUCUUCGAGCGUCUCAAGGGGGCGCACCAGGUGGCCUGCAAGCACCUCAGCACAGGAGGCAGUUUCGCCAAGGUGUUUUUGUCACCGCUGGUGCUCCCUGAGCUCUCCAGCAAGGUGCGCUUUUGGAUGGAGGAGUCCGAUGAGGAGGGGCUGAACCAAGACUUGGUCUAUGGGCAAGAGAUCGAGGUGCCAGCUUCCGAGGCCCCGCAGUACGCGGAGACAGGCCGCAAGGCACGAUCUCGGGACACCAUCAGCCAGGCGCGUCCUAUGCGUCUACACUUCGCACGGCUAAAUCACCAGUUGCUGAUGGCUGUGCGCGAUGACAUGGCGCCAGCGGACAUCAUAUCCCUCCCUUUCCCGGAUUGGCGCCCCAGGCCGCUGGGAGCUAUGCGAGUCACUGUGGAUGUAUCCAUCGCGGACAUGCAGCACCAGCUCUUCCACUUCAAAGGGAUCACCAUGACGGUGAACGGUCCGUGGGUUGACUGCUGCGGGCUCUACGCUGCCGCCAGCGGUCGUGACACCUUUGCCCCGGACGCCACAGCGAAGGCCGCACUGUGUAUCAUUUGCCUUCGCGAUGAUGGAGUCGAAAGGGCAGACGUCCCAGUCGAGACCUUCACUGCCGCAAAGCUACCAGACGCCCUCCACUUGGACUCUUUGCGCUCGCCUUUCGAGCCUCGUUUUUGA